CCACCCGCGUUGUUAUUGUUGUUGUUGGGACUACUAGUUGGCGUGGGAGUGGGGUCGCUUUGGAGGUGCUGGGGUGGGAGGCAACCUUUUAUGUUUCUGGAAGGGGGAGUCACAAUCAAACAAACACCAGCGAGAAGACAAUAGCGGACUGACCAGCAGAAAAGCAAAUGGAUUGCAUGUGGCUGUGACGGUAUAGCGGAGUGUGUGUGAAUGUGUGUGUGUGUGUGCGUACGUGAGCGUGAGUGUGAGUGUGUGCAUCGACACGGACUACAAGACCCACGCUGGUGAAACCCCCCAAAAAACGCUGUACAUGGCGGUGGAGAGCACCACUUGGAUCAUCUGUGUGCUUCUGCUCUUUUGUGCUUCAUCCAAGCAAGAUAAGCCUGUUUCGGUGGAGCUGAGCUGCGGGGCAGGACCCAGCCAUGUAGUGUUGGAGCCGGGGUCCCCCCUCACGCUGGACUGCAACCUGGGGGCCAGUGACACACCAUUCAACAUCACCUGGUCACGCGACGGCCAGCCACUUCCCCUGGAGGAGAGCGAUGUCCUGCAGUAUGUCGCCAACCGGUCCCUCCUCUUACUGCUCACCUCGAAGGAUGGACCGCCUCCACACGAUGUGGAGGGGGGUUACAGCUGCGUGAGUGCCAGCGCACAUGGAGCCCUGACCAGCCGGACUGUCAAUGUCCUCCUGGCGAGUCUGUCCCCCUUCCAUCAGGAGCCUUCGCCUCAAACGGUGCCCGCUGGGGGGUCGGCUCGCUUCCAGUGCUGGAUCGAUGGCAUCCCCACACCUGUAAUUACUUGGGAAAAGGACAAAGUCUCCGUCCCCGAGGACCCAAGCAGGUUCAUUUUCCUUCCUAACGGGGUGCUCCACAUUCUGGAGGUUACCCAGGAGGAUGAAGGCGCCUACCGCUGUGUUGCAUCCAACUCUGCCGGGAGGGACGUCAGUCAUGAAUCCCAGCUCACUGUCACCACAGGCUCUGCAGAAGCCCUGAACAGAGUUGUGAUUGUGGCACCGCCUAAGAAUGCCACAGUGGUGCUGGGCCGUCCCGCCGUGAUGGAGUGUAUGGCACAAGGCCAGCCCAAGCCGCUGGUGUCCUGGAGCAGACAAGACGGAAAGCCCAUUUCCACCGACGUGGUUGUCCUCGCCACAAACCUGGUGAUUCGGAACACGAGGCGGCACCACGGGGGCGUCUACGUCUGCAGGGCCAACAAGCCCCGCACUAGAGAGUUUGUCACUGCUGCUGCCGAGCUACAUGUGUCUGCCCCUCCAGUCAUUCUCCAACCCCCGGAGACAGUGUCCCUAUCCCGGGGAAACACUGCCCGGUUUGUGUGCAACAGCUCCGGGGAGCCUGCCCCGGUGCUCCACUGGCUGAAGAAUGGCCGGCCCAUCCGGUCGUUCCGGCGAGUCAAGACCCAAAACCCAGGAGUCCUGCUCAUCAACCAGCUGGCCCUGGAGGACGCGGGCUACUACCAGUGCAUUGCUGACAACGGCCUGGGGACUGCAUGCGCCACUGCUAAACUGACAGUCAUCGUGAGAGAGGGUCUCCCCAGCACCCCUCAACACCUUUCCGUGACCCCAUACUCCAGCACCACUGCCCUGAUUGCGUGGGAGAAACCAGAGUACAACUCAGACCAAAUCAUUGGAUACUCUGUGCACUGCCAGCGUGCUGCAGGCUCCGAUAAUGUGGAGUACCAGUUUGCGAUGAAUAAUGACACAACGGAGUACCACGUCAAAGAUCUUCUCCCUCACACUGCCUAUACAUUCUUUGUGGUGGCCUACUCUCCCAUGGGUGCCAGUCGCCCUUCCCUACCCGUUACGGUCGACAUGCUUGAGGAUGUGCCCAGUGCUCCUCCUCAGCUGUCAAUAGCCAGCACAUCCCCAACAGACAUCAGGCUGAUGUGGCAUCCGCUGUCCUCACAGCACAGUCGAGGGGCUGUUACCCGCUAUCGUAUUGAGUACAGCUCACUGGAUAAAGCGGACACCAUCUUCUCAGUGGAGGUGGCUGGUAACGAGACCCAGUUCACGCUUCGAGAGCUGCAGCCCAACCAGGCAUACAGAUUGAGGAUAGCAGCUGGAACAGGUGUCGGCUUCGGGGUCCCAUCAGAGUGGGCUCAGCACCAAACCCUAGCCCAUUACAACCACACCAACCACCGCAUGAUGAUCUUCGCUCCCACUGAGCUGAAGGUCAGAGCCAGAGUGAACACGCUCAAUGUCACAUGGCAUCCCACGCCGAAUCACACAGCCAUCUCCGGCUACAAGCUGUCCUGCCGAGAGGUGGAUGCCGAGCAGUCAGCCAAUGGAAGGAAGACGACGCAGACUCACAUCGUUAGGCUUCGGAAGAAGGCCAGGUAUCAUCUCCUCACUGGGCUGGUCCCUGACCAGCAGUAUGAAGUGAGAGUUUGGGCAUUCAACAAGCAAACAGAUGGAUCAGCUGCAGUGUGGAAAGGAAGGACAGAAAAGGCUGAUAAAGCAUCAUCACUGCCCAUGCGGCCGCCUCCCUUACCCCCGAGCAGCAUUCAGGCCACGGCCAACAGCUCCACCUCCAUCCAUCUGCGUUGGGAGAAACCUCGCUUCAGCACAGUGCGCAUCAUCAACUACACGGUGCGCUGCAGCCCGGCUGGGACCACCAACGCCUCCCUGGUCACCUACCACACCAGUGCCGCUCAGGAGAUCUUGAUCGGGGCCUUGAAGCCCUUCACCCGCUACGAGCUAGCAGUGCAGUCCAAUGGGGUGGAUGGGGUGGGACCCUUCAGCAGCACAGUGGAGGAGUCCACCCUGUCUGACCGGCCUUCCUCGCCUCCGGAUGAGCUGCAGUUGAGCGCGCUCGACUCCUCCUCAGUGCUGGUGAGCUGGCGCCCUCCACUGGAGCCCAACGGUGUCAUCGUCAGCUACAGGAUCUUGUACAGCGGCAACUUCAGCCUGCCUGAGGACUUGUGGAAAAACCUCUCGCAGGAGGGGAGCAUCACCAGUGUUGUGGUGCGGGGUUUGUCCAGUGACAGCCAUUACUUUUUUAGGUUGGUCGCAUCUACGGAGGUGGGGCCGGGGCCGUAUUCGCUUGCAAAGGAUGUUCACACUCCCCCUCACCAAUAUGAGCUUGACAUCCAUGCAGUGACAGGCAUCAUCGUUGGUGUGUGCCUUGGUCUCAUAUGCAUCCUCCUCUGCAUGUGUUUCAGUUUUCGCAACACUAAAGCCAGGGGCGCGUCUGGCAGUCUGGACUCCACUGCUGCGACCCCCCAAUACAAAAGAGGGGGUUACCCCAGUGCUGCUAAUGUGCCAGAGUGCAGCGAUAGCCAUGAGCUAGAAACGCUAAUGCCCUCCGCAGGCCAAGAAUGCGGUCAGCCGUCAGCACGAGCCCCAGAGGAGCGGACCCUGAUGGCGAGUGCCAACGCCGGGGAUGGGGUGGACGCCCCCACACCUGAACCCAAGGCUGCUUGGAACGGCUCUGUGAGUCAUAACUGGGCCAACAGAAUCACUCGAUACCGAGACACCGUCACUGAAGACUCCCCAGGAUUCAUGGCUGGAGGUCUCAAUGUAGCAAACGAUAACAUCACGGAUGGUCCAUCUAUGUGCAGUAGCCAGGUGGAGGCGGAGGUCAUCGUCCACUCAGAGCUGUCAGAUCCAGAGAGCGUGCAGGCAAAGGAGGACUGUGGCCGUGCGAAGGACUCCAAAGCCACCUGUGGACCUUCAUUACCAGCGGACAGCUAUUUGCCUCUGGCCCGGCCGAGCCUGUCAGAAGAGGGAAAGUCUCCUCCUGACAAACAUUCACUGGCGGAAAGCCCGCAGAUUCUUCCCUCUAUAAAUUUGGCAAUGAAUCACAACGGGGAGCUGGAAGACGGCGGGACAGAUGCGGGUCACGCUGAGCCAAAGCCGGCCUCGGGGCUAACUAAUGGCUUCCACUCCCCGAAGUCACUGCCGCCUGUGAUGAAGUCUGGGGAAAACGGGGACGUUAGACACUACCCUUCUGCACCUUCAAAACCCAUCUCUGGGGGUCUUUCUCCUGCCCCCUUUGUCAGUUCUGGCCUGGUCCACUCUACCUCAGUAGCACACACUUACCUGUGUCCCUAGCCUCUGCAUGUCAGACACGUUGGACGCAUAAGAGAUGCUCUUUAACCCGGGAUGAUUGUCUUGAAGCACCUCAUCGUUGGAUUCUUUUCUUUUGUACCGCUUCUUUCAUACGUGAUACAGUAUAUUUUUAGAGCUAGUGUUUUUUGUGGUAUGCAUUGCAACCAUACAUUCCUCUGGGCUGUGAAAGACAAGCUCUCAGUGAGUAGAGCCUUGACAGUGGCGCUAAGGAAUUAGCCUUAAAAGUGUCUCUCCAGCCUCAUGCUGUCUCAGGGUCACAAUACUGGAAUGUGCCAUUGCAUCUCAUCACACAUCACACGUUUGCUGUGUGUGUGUGCCAUUUGUCAUUCUGCAGUUUAGUAUUGUAGAGAUCGGGAACCAUCUGUUCUUUUGGUUUUUACGAAGGAGUAUUAGGGCCAUGUCAGAAAGGAAAAAAAAUUGUAAGAUUACAGGAAUAACGUUGUACUAUUGCCUGAAAAAAGCCAUCUUUACGUGAGAGGACAAGCAGACCUUUUAUUACACCGGGCCUGGCCCUUUAAGAAGAAUUGCAUUGUGGGAAGUUGAGUAUCUUUGUCUUCCCUCUCUCGUCUGUCUGCACCGCCCAUUGUUUUCUGCGUCCUCAUUGGCUGUAGACCAUUGUCAAUCAGUCUCCUUCGUGCCGCCCUGCCGUGUCUCCUGUGUCAUCGCUAGCUUGCUUGCUUGUUAGCUUGUAAAUGAAUCUUCGGUUCGUGUGCAGCAAUAUGUUUUAACAAGGAUACAAAAACGCUACAGUACAGCACAACGGCGCCAGGACGAAAAGGGACCGUCAGAGGAGUGAAAUAGGCGCGAGUGACUGAAUAAUUUCUUGUUUCCGACCUGUAGGUUUAUCAUUAAAAUUCAAACGAAGGUUUGAGCUUUUUUGAGUGUGGUGUGUCAGAAACAGGGCACUCUGUACAUCGUGAAUCCGGAGGUGUUUAAUUCAUUGCCUGAUAUGAUGGUGUUGCAAAUGUUGCAUGGCGCCGAAUGUUCAGCUUUUUUCAGAAUUUCAUCCAAACUUUCCAGCGCCAUCGCACAUUAGCCAUGGUUGAAGUGGAUGAACACAAACACUUCCUGCCUCUUCUUCUUUGUUGGUGUUAUGCAGCCAUUUAUUCAGGUCAGCGGGCUGGUCUGAUUGCAGAAUCACAGCGCUGAUCACCAAAAGUAGGGAUCUAAAUUUUAAAAAAUGAGCGAUUCAGGGAGAAUCGGAAUGUUAGUCCCAGUUCCCAUCGAUGCUCGAUGCCCAACCCUAGUUAUGUGUUCAGAAAAUAUGACUUUUUUCAUCGCGGAAGAGCCUGACAUUUUUUAUAAAAAAUUAUUACUUUUUUUCCCGGAAAAGUCAGAUUUUAUUUUCCUGAGAUUACACAUUUUUUUGUAAAAAAAAAAUACGCCUUUAUUCUUGUACGGUUACAUCACGUUUUUUUCCUCAAACUAGCUCUACUUUUUGCUCAUAAUAUUAAAACUUUUACUUGUAACAUUACAAAACAUUUUUACAAAAAAUAAACUUAAUUUUCUUAAGAUGACAGCUGUUUUUCUCGAGAUAUUACGACUUUUUGCUUGUAAUAUUACCAGUGUGGCCCUAAUACUUUUUGUUUUUUACAUGAUGUGUCACUUUUGGGAAGAAAGUCUUAUUAUGGGACAUUACAGCCGCAUAUGUGUAGACGGGUCACAAUUGGGGAUGCACCAGUGUCUUCUCACUACAUGAAACUCGGGAUUUAUGUUGAAUUCUGCACUCAACUCAAUUUGUGUCUUCAUUUCAAAGAAAAUCUGGCAUUAAGAAUUACUUAUAUGGUCAAAUUUGACCAUGUAGAGGAAAUAAUCAAUACUAUUGGUGUGAAAGAAGGAGUCACUGGUGCAUUCCGACUCCUUGUCAACGACGCUACCUCGUUUCUUUUUCAGGUUUCCAGUGUGGUUUCAUUGCUUCCAUGUAGCUAACAUUAUUUUUCUGAAUGUUUCCGAUUUUAAUUUUGUUGUCUUGACUCAGUCUCAAAAAUAUGUCAUAUGCUGUGUUUUAGAAAAGUGGGAAAUUUGUCUAUGCUUAUUGUCGGCCGUGUUUUUGGUUCACGGGGUGGGAUAUUUCCUACACUUCCCUGCUGUCUGGAAUGCAGCGUAAUUCCAAGUUGUCAUGAAAACGACGGUAGAAUGUAUCAUCUACUGGAAAAAUAAUGCAUUUUGUGUUUACGCCACCUGCAGGCAAUGUAUAGCUUUGCAUCAAGUUUGGUACCGGUGAAGUAUUUGUCAUGCAACUCAUUUGAAGUGGAGAAGAAAAGAGAAAAUUGACUGCAAAAAUGGCCACUCCUUGCCUGCAGGUGGUGCUAAGUGUCAUGUUUGGCUUAACUGGUUGCCAUAGUCCUUGCAAGUGCUUCUCAAUGCACAGUUGAUACCUCAACCACCUAUACUGUAUGUACAUCCCAAUGUAUUGCAGUUCACUUUUAUUUAAAGUGGUAGCAGUUAAACAAGUACAAAAAUGUAUUCAGUGCCCAGCAGGGGUCAGACAUCAGCUGGAGGCUUUUUUAGGGGUCACUUAGCAAGCUUUGUCAUGUCGCCACGCUUCAACGAUUGCUGUCACUUACAGAAAUUGUGUGUGUGUUUUUUUUUGUUUCAGCUCAUGUGUUUUGGGGUUUUUUUUUAAUUAGGAUGACGUUGAAUUGGACGACAAUGGCGGGGUUUCCCAAACUUUUCCCUUAGUUUGCAAAAGUGGCUUUUUUGAUGAUGUUCUAACAGUGCUCAAACGGCUGCUUUCGAAGUGCCACCUUUUCAUGACGUCAUGAAAAAAAAACAAACUCCUCAUAGACGUGACUCCUCCUCUGACCCACCUUUCACCAGAUGAGCCCGCCUCAUGCAUACGUCCACCACUUCAUGGAGGACGGCUGUGUUUAAAAAAAAGAACAGAAAAGCAGGGUUCACUACACGUCUUAAAAUACAGACCAGAGCUCUACUAACUAUCUGUCAGUCAGCUGCAGAAGUCGGAGCUGUGUUAAUCAACCAUGGCUUGAAGCAAAAGAAUCAACUAGUUUGCAACUAGUUUCUGAAAAGACAAAAAGACAGGCUUUGCUACACAUAUUAAACUCAAGCCAAAUAUCUCUUGGUCAGCUGUAAGUUUGACCAUUUGAUGGUGCUGUUAAAAUGUUAUGUAAUUUUAACACUAGGGGCGUCACAAGAUUUUGUGUCGUGAGAUUUUUGUUCAGAAAAAAAACCCCACAAACAAAUAAAUGAAUCACACAAUAAAUGAAAAUGAAGUUGAUAGUUUUUCCGGCCUCUAUAUAUUGCCAUGGGCCAUGCGCGUCUAUUUUCCUCGUCUCCCGCCUCCAAACAGGCAGGAAUUGUUCCCAAUAGGUCUCAUUAAAAGCACUUUCAAACUGUCUAAAUUCCAGCAUCAAGGCUAGAUUCAGGACUACACGCUUCCAAUACACAACUGUGGUACCUCUGUGACUUAAGAUUGGUGACAAAUACUACAAUAUGGGACCUGUAAGAACGUGAUAUAUUGUAUACAGUACAAUCGUCCCUCGCUACAUUGUGGGUCGAACAUCGCACCCUCAAUCUAAUGCGGUUCUUCAAAAAGUAAUUAAUAAAUGACGGCUGUUUUGUAGUGGAAUACGGCCUGUUAUUAGGAAAAACAUAAGUACAAGUACAAGGCAGAAGAAGCAUUCUAAUUGUGAAUGUAGUACUGUAUUCUAUAUCGGCCACUAGCUGUCAGCGUUCGGUGAGACAAGCAGAAAAGGCAUCUAUUGCAUGUUUAAUUUAUCUCACAAUAAUAACAACAUAAUAAUAACUAACUAUUAAUCAAUAACUAGAAAAAGCACUCAGACAGCGCAGACCUCCGCCAAGCACCAUAGUUCCCCCCUUAUUGUGAUUUACACCAUAAAUAUUAGUCCUACAUUUAUUUUAUCUAUAUGUUUAGAUUCCUUGACCAUGAAAACAUACCAUUAGCAAUUGGAUUCAUAAUGAUACCAAUAUUAGUUCAGUAGUUAUUCACAGAAAUUGCAUUUUCCGUAAUGGUGGUUUUGUUCUGGAUGUAGCUCCGUAGCGUUUGGCAACACAACAAAACCGUUGGCACACUCCGGAUUUCAAAGCGUCUUGGUGUUUGUUGCAUUUUAAUAGCUUCAUUUGUUGUCUUCCUAUGAUGAAAAUUCCGAAGGUCCCCUAUUUUUACAUAUUCUGGAUCAUAGUAUCCGGAAUUAUUCCAUUAUCUGGGUCAGUCUUUCAUAUUUUGCAGAACCUCUCGUUUUUUGUGGCGUUAUAUGCACAAAUGCCAAAAAUGGUCCGCUAUGGAACAUACAGUAUAUACUGUGACACACACAAACAGGAGUUUAAUUUACAUCUUAAAUGACUUAUUUACUCCUACUACUGUAUGUCUAUUUUAGUGGGUAACAUGAGUGUAAAGCCAUUCAAAGCAGCCGUUACAAUUCAUUGAUGAGACGAUAGCCACCACGGGAAGUGCUUGACAGGAUCUUGUUGCACAUGUGGCCGGUUGUUGGAGUUGUUAAAUGGUACUUACCAGAUGGAAGAAAACAGAUGUACUACAGGGGUCCAUCAAAUAUGUCAGUGAGGGUAUAACGGGGGUAGAAUCCCCUUCCGGGUGGUGUAAUUGUAAUUAGUUUUGCUUUUUGUUAGCGGGUUUUGCAAUUCUCGGCCACCGUAUUUGUUUGCCACAACUACGAAAACACCGAAUCUUAUUUCAUGGAAGUUCACCCAUCGCAGUCGAGUCUGGAACCAAUUAACUGUGAUGAACGAGGGACGACUGCACUGUACAUAAACUAUUGAUAAUCGGCGACCCUAUAAAAAUUAACUUAAGACCCCAUUUUUGGGGAGCCCGUUUGGGAAACCCUGCAGCUUGUCAUCCUGUUUUGGAGCAGUAAUGGUUUAGGUCAAUAAUCCAAGAUUCCUUCAGGGCACAGAUGCUAUUAUUGUGCAACAUUCAUUAUUCUGUUUGAUGUAGGCUUUGGUUUGAUGUCACUACACAAAUCUUCAAACCUCACUCAAGGCUUUCAUGCCGUUUUUAAGAGGCUAGCAUUUCUCAUACAAUGUCUUUAUGUGUCAGGAUCAGUCUCAUGUUGUUCAAACAAUAUUAACCACUAUUGUUUUAUUUCAUCUCCUUCAAAGCUCAUACUUCCUGUGAUGUGACUUCAUGUUGUUAUUCUUCUCUCCUUAUUUUGCAGUGUAUGAGCCCGGAAGUCAAGAGGGACAAGGAUGACAGGGGCAUCCUCUUCUCAGUGCAGUACAGUGCUUUUUUUG